UCCACUCGUUUCUGUCCGAAAGCUGAAAGAGAGAAUCUUCUCUCGCAUUCUGUCUGAAAGCUGAGAGAAAGAUCUGUAAAACAACAAGUCACAGAGAUGGGUGGAGAUGUCAUGAAGCAAAGGAGAUGAGGAAGAAGAAAAAGAAGAAGCCCUUUUAAUCUUACAGCGUUUACAUCUGUUUAUGGACAAUGUCCGAUUCUUUCCGGAGGAGACCGUAUAAGGUUCCAGGAAAUUUCAAGCAUGGCAUCGGCAAUGAGUUAUAUUUCUUCACUCCUAGGAAGUACAAGGAUGUGGGAGGAUCACGGAUAAACCGCUCAGUGAAUGGCGGUUUUUGGAAAACAACUAGUACUGAUAAACAAAUCCAUAUUAAUGGCAAUGACCUCAUCGGAUUUAAGAAGACAUUCGCUUUUUAUGACGGAAAGCAAGGAAAGGCCACAAAAACUGGUUGGAUUAUGCACGAGUAUAGGCUUCCUCCUACCAGCUCAGUUCUGGAUGCACAGAGUUAUGUUGGAAAUAGUAAACAAAAGAUGAUUGAUGAAUUUGUUCUAUGUAGAAUUUAUGAGAGGUGGCCCAGCUCUCAUAAUUUCACUGAUGCUAUGAUCAUUGAAGAAGAUGUCACAAGCAAUGCCCCAUGCUCUUCUUCGGAGGAUAUAACUACAUUGAACAUAGCUACUACCGAAUUAGACAAAGAAACCUUUUCGCUUCCGCCCCAAUUCAUGGAUAGCAUGCUCUUACCUAACAUGUGCAUUGUGGUAGAAGAAGAUAGCUCGGGAGACUUCAUGAACAAACAACCACAAUAUCCAUCACCGCAUCAAUCGGACAUGCUUUUGGGCAAUGAAUUUCAUGACAUGUCCACUGUAGGAGACUUCAAUGAGAUCACAAUGGACGAUCAGGAUCAUAUCUCCACCGAUUUUGAUGGUCCCAUUGGUGGUUCUUUGGAAUUUUUACCGAUGGUGUUAGAAUGAUUACGAUAAACAGUACCUUUUCAUU